AUGAAACACAUAAAAUUUAUAGGCUUUAUUUUUUUCUUGUUCUCUUUGACUGAAUCCCUAGCCCUACCCACAAAGCCUCAGGAUGUAGAUCCCUUCUAUGCUACCCAUAAAUUCAUAGAGGAGAAUACUGCAUACCUGACCAUCAUUGCAGUUGCUCAGUAUGUUCAGGAAGUAUCCUUUGACGAGGUGGAAAUGCUGGUGAAAGUCAUGAUGGACUACAGGGAUAGGUGCUUGGCUAAUCGGACACUUCCAGAGUGUUCAAAAAUAGCUAACGAGGUCAUACAAGACAUGAUCUGUACUACGGAGGGGCUGCCACAGAAACAUAAUGUUUCUCACUGCUGCAGUAAAGCCAACAUUGAGAGAAGACUCUGUUUCUUCUACAACAAGAAAGCUAAGACAGGCUUUCUGCCCCCUUUCCCGACUCUGGAUCCAGAAGAGAAAUGUGAAGCUUAUAAAAACAACAAUGGAUCUUUUCUAAACCUCUAUAUGUAUGAGGUUGCCAGGAGGAACCCCUUUGUCUUCUCCCCUGUUCUUCUAACUGUGGCUGCUCAGUUUGAGGAGGCAGCGACCACAUGUUGUGAGCAGCAAGAGAAAGCCAUUUGCUUUCAGGCCAAGGCAGCUCCUAUCACGCAAUAUUUAAAAGCAUCAUCUUCUUACCAAGGAACUGUUUGUGGAGCCCUUAUGAAAUUUGGACCCAAAGCCUUAAAUUCUAUAAACACUGCUGUAUUCAGUAAAAAAUUCCCCAAGAUUGGAUUUCAGGACCUUACUUCCCUCUUAGGAGAUGUUUCUACUAUGUAUGACAUGUGCUGUGAAGGGGAUGUGGUGCACUGCAUCCGAAGCCAGAGCCAGGUUAUGAACCAUAUUUGUUCAAAACAAGAUUUCAUCUCAAGUAAAAUCAAAGAGUGCUGUGAAAAGAAAAUGCCAGAGCGUGGAGACUGUAUCAUUAACACAAAUAAAGAAGACAAACCAGAAGACUUAUCUCCCAGAGAACCUAAAUUUACUGACAGCAAAAAUGUGUGUCAAGAACAAGAUUCUAACCUGGACGGCCUCUUAAAUGAGUUUACUUAUGAAUACUCCAGGAGACAUAAUCACCUUUCCACACCAGAGCUUCUAAGAAUCACUGAAGUGUAUAAGGAUCUCCUGGAAGAUUGCUGUAGCAAAGAAAACCCAGCAGGAUGUUACCGCCAUGCGGAGGAUAAGUUCAAUGAGACAACUGAGAAGAGCCUGGCAAUGGUGCAACAGGAAUGCAAGCUCUUCCAGGAGUUGGAGAAGGAUGCCCUGCAACUCCAUUACCUUGUCAAGUUCACCAAGGCAGCCCCCCAGCUGUCCCUGGAAGAGCUCAUCUACCUUAGUAAGGGAAUGAUGGAGGCUUUGACAACCUGCUGCACCCUAAGCGAAGAGUUUGCUUGCGUUGAUGACUUGGCAGAUUUAGUUCUCGGAGAUUUAUGUGGAGUAAAUGAAAAUCGAACUAUCAAUCCUGCUGUGGACCACUGCUGCAGAACAGACUUCGCCUUCAGAAGACACUGCUUUGAGCAUCUGCAGGCUGACACAACCUACGAGCUCCCAUCAUUCUCUGCACUUAUAUCUGCUUUGCGUUCAGACUGGUGUCAGGCUCACAAGGAGGACCUUCAGAAUAAGAAACACAGGUUUAUGGUCAACUUAGUGAAGUGGAUGCCAGAGAUCACGGCUGAGGAGCGUCAGUGUUUGUUCACAAAGUUCAUUGCUGCUGGGGAGAAGUGUGACCAAGUGCAGGAGCCUGAAACCUGUUUCCGUCCAGAGGCUUCAAAUAUUGGUAAUGAAAGUGAAGCUGCUAAUAAAAAAAGAUAA